CAUUUCAGAGACAAGCAGGACAAAUAACUGGACAAGUAUCAAAGCUCACCAAGGUGACCCAAGGAUGUGCCUACCUGUGUGGUGCAUGCUGGUCUUGUUGCUCUGUCAUGGCAGUCUGGAAAUGGUUGUGGACAAAACCAGACAGGCAAGAUGGCAUGCAUAUGAGGUGGAGAAAGGACAGAACAUCCUCAAAAACUUCAAAAGGCAUUCAGACGGGACAUUUACCAGCGACUUCACCAACUACCUGGACAAGAUCAAGGCUAAAGACUUUGUGGAGUGGCUGGCCAGCACAAAGCGUCUGGGGGCUUCUGGACUGGAUGGAGUUUUGACUCAGACUCCUUAUGUUUGACCUGCAGAUGUGAUGAAGAGCCGCUCCCUAUAGGAGGAGCAUGAGGCAACGCAGACAUAUAUCGCAUCACUUCUUCCAUCCGGC